CGAAAAUAAUAAUAAAAAGAAUAUCAAAUUAUUAGAAAAAUCUAUGUAUUAUGUGUAAAAGUGCUAAUGUCUAAAAUCAGUUAGAAAUGUGACUAAUAACAACAAAGAAAUACGAAAGAAAAAAGUUUUAAUUUCAUACCAAAUUAUAAACCCUAAAUCAACGAAAUAAAGGUCAAACAGCAAAACAACAAAAUCGUGAAACACGAAAGAAAAAGCGCUUAACGGUUAACUACAGACGAUCGAUCGAAGCUCGUGUCAUUAUCAAUAUCAAAAUGAGCAUAAUUGAUAACGGCAAGUACCGGUUGCGCAAGGAUUGGGCCAGCGCCUCCAUACCAUCAUUGGUCGAUAUCGAUGAGCAUGGGGAUGGCGGCGAGUCAGAGCAGAGUGCCAUGAAUAUAACGGCUCCAUUGCCGCCACAGAAGCCACCUCGACGCAGUUCCCUGGCCUUGGGCUUAUUCUCGAGCAAAUCCGACAAGAGCCAAAAGAGACGCAGUUCCAUAGCUGUCUCAUUUCUACGACGCGAUAGUAAUAAGAACUCUACCAAAGACUCAUAUGAAUCGGCUGUGCGCAGUGAGAAAUCUGAUGGCUCCGCCACACCCACAAAUAGUCCAGACAAUGUCUAUAGCUCUGAGGAGAAUAUACGCGCCUCAUCCCCAAAUGAGCCAGGCAAAUUGACAUACUUUGAAGAUGGCUCCCAGUCGCCACGUCCUGUGGUCCAGGGCAUGAAUAAUCCAUAUGAGAUGCCACCCACUGGCGAUCGUCAGCGACGCCGUCGCAGUUCGUUGCAAACCAAACUCGAUCGUCAUAGACGCAAGAAAAUGGAGUAUAUCAAUCAACGUAGCCUCGACUCAUCGGCUCUUUCAUAUAGUGAAUCGCAAACCGAUUUGACCAAUGAUAGUAUGAUGACGGCGAAUGGCCCACCAUCCAGACGCAGCAUUAGUUAUGACAAUGAUAAUGAUGCCGACGACUACGACGUCAUCGAUCCCAAUCAUGCCGAGUAUUUCCCGCGUGAAAAGCGGCACUCCUGGUGGAAUAUAUUUGUGCCAGAUAACUUUAAGAACAGGUCACGUAGGGCUAGUCAAGAUGUUUCCAGUUUGUCACGAAGCGUUGACAAUUUGGCGAUACCCGUGCGCAGGAGCAAAUCGCGUAGCGUUGAUCAUGGCCUUGCGGCUCCAUUUGAUUUGGAUUCAUUGCGUUCAAAAGUUGAGCAGCGUUUCGAGAGUGUCGACAAAUUGUCAAAGCAAAAGUCUUCAUUGCCCACCAUACCCACCAUUUCCUAUACCGUAGGAAAUCGCGAUACACUCACAUCGGUUGCGGCUCGCUUUGAUACCACGCCAUCGGAAUUGACGCAUUUGAAUCGCUUGAAUAGCUCCUUCAUCUAUCCGGGACAGCAGUUGCUGGUGCCCGAUAAAAGUGCCAAAGAUGAUGCCUCCAGUAGCUCCACAAAUGAGGCCGGUGACGGCGGCGGCGGAGGCAGUGUAUCUGGAAAGUCCAGUCCCGAGCGUAAAUUGUCUAGCGAUGAGAGCAAAGAUAUACUGGAGGGUCUUCGCCCGGGAUCACCCAAGCCUGGCCACAUUGAGCGCGUGUCAUCCAAUAGCCAGGCCGAGGACGAGGCCAAUAAGAGCGAUGAUCCUGUGAUUACGCAACGUUUCCUCAAGAUCAAUGUACGUCACAUUACCGAUGGCCAGGGAGUUGUGGGCGGUGUUCUACUGGUUACACCCAAUGCCGUUAUGUUUGAUCCCAAUGUCAGUGAUCCUCUGGUCAUUGAGCAUGGCCCCGAAAGCUAUGGCGUAAUUGCACCCAUGGAUUUGGUGGUAAAUGCAGCCAUUUUCCACGACAUUGCCCAUAUGCGUGUGGCUGGUGGAGCUGUUGGUAGUACCACGGAAACUGAGAAGCCAGAGAUCUAUUAUCCCAAACCAGUAUUAGUCGAAGAGGACUCCAAAGAGUUGCCGGAACAGUCAGCGGGAGCAGCCCAGGCUGAAGGUAGUUCCCUGGAGAUAGCCGAUGAUCAGGAAUCGUUAUGCUCCAGCACAGGACGUGACGGUGAUGCUUUUCCCAAAGCCUUUGAUCGUGAACGUGUUGGGGAUUCAUCAGCAGAAGCCAAAGAUAGCGCUAAGACUGACGCUCAGGGAGAGGAUUCGAAUGAGGAGCAGCAACAGGACGAUGACAAGAAAGAAACAGGCCUGGGCCUUGGCAAUACACGCUCUACACUCGAGGAGCGACGCAAAAGUCUAUUAGAUCAUCACUGGGCAAUUCCGAGCAAAGAUCGCUAUUAUUUGUCUAAUUCCCGAAGAUCAUCGGAAGACGAGGGCGACAAUGAAUCAAACAUAACCGUCGACAGCGGACCACGUGUACCGGAGGCACUCUCGGCCACCAGUUCGGUGAGCCAGCACAGUGGCACAACGGCAACAUCUGUGGCUAGUGGCAUGGCAACUGGUGGCCAAUUGCCACCACUACCACCGCUACCACCACCAGCUGGCAUUGAUCUAGAGCAUUUGGAGCAAUUGUCGAAACAAUCGUGCUAUGAUUCGGGCAUCGAUAUACGCGAACCCAUACCCAACAUACAGCCGAUACCAAAGAAAACCGUUUACAGUGAUGCUGAUAUUGUCCUAAGCUCCGACUGGGUACCACCGAAAACCAUUGUGCCAACGCACUUUAGCGAAUCGCCACCGCGUAGCACCAUAUUGGGACAGAGCUUGGAUGCCGGCGUCGGAGUUGGUGGGGCACGCAAGAAGACCUCUAGCGUUAGUUUUAGUGUUGACGAUGAAGCUGCCCAGCAGGCCCAAGCAGCUGCAGCAGCAGCGGCAGCCACCGAUAAACAAGCCGAUAAGAAGAAUAAGAUGUUGAAACGUCUCUCAUAUCCAUUGACCUGGGUGGAGGGACUAACUGGCGAGGGAUCGGGCAGUGGAGUUCCGUCCUCUGGUGGCAGUCUCAAUAAAUCAGCUGACACAGAUUCGGCUCCAAAUACUGGUGAUUCCAACCAGAGUGUCUUUUCAAAAGUAUUUUCUAGCUCACCCAUAACUCUGGUCUCAGAGUUGGGUGGGAAUUUGUUCUCAAAAACACCAUCCGAAGACUCUGGUGGCUCACCAGUGCCGCCAUUGACUCCCCAUUCAACACAUUCCGAGGGUCACAUGACCUAUGGACGUUCCUCAAUUGGUACCUUUAUACGUCCACAUUCAUCGGAGGGCACCUCGUCGAGCACCAAGCUGAAGGAGGUUAAACAGCAGCCCAAAUUGGAUUAUCGUUCCAUGGUCUCGAUGGAUGACAAGCCGGAACUAUUUAUCAGUGUGGACAAACUAAUACCACGUCCAGCACGAGCCUGUCUUGACCCACCAUUAUAUUUGCGCCUGCGUAUGGGUAAACCCAUUGGCAAGGCUAUACCGCUGCCAACCUCUGUUAUGUCCUAUGGCAAAAACAAGUUGCGCGCCGAAUAUUGGUUCAGUGUGCCCAAGAAUCGCGUUGAUGAGCUCUAUCGCUUUAUAAACACCUGGGUGAAACACCUGUACGGUGAGCUGGAUGAAGAGCAAAUCAAGGCGCGUGGCUUUGAAUUGAUACAAGAGGAUACCGAAUGGACCAAGAGCGGCACCACCAAAGCAGGCCUUGGCGGUGGCAGUCAAGAUGGUGAAGAGAUCAGCGAUCUAACCCGUGAAUCCUGGGAGCUUAUAAAGGCUCCAUUUGCCAAGACCUACAAGAUUAUAAAAACGGCAUCGCAUGCCGCAUCGCAUGAUUUGGAAUUGUUGGGCGGCGAGGUGCUGUCCAUGAGCACAGAUGAAUAUCGCAAGACAUCGUUGUUUGCAACUGGUUCCUUUGAUUUGGAUUUCCCGAUACCCGAUUUAAUUGGCAAAACCGAAAUACUAACAGAGGAGCAUCGCGAAAAACUCUGCGGCCAUCUGCCGGCACGUGCCGAGGGCUAUUCCUGGUCAUUGAUCUUUAGCACAUCUCAACAUGGUUUCGCCCUCAAUUCCCUUUAUCGCAAAAUGGCGAGACUAGAAAGUCCUAUUUUAAUUGUCAUAGAGGAUACAGAGCAUAAUGUAUUUGGUGCUUUGACCUCCUGCUCGCUGCAUGUGUCAGAUCAUUUUUAUGGCACAGGCGAAUCCCUGCUCUACAAAUUUAAUCCCAGCUUUAAAGUAUUCCAUUGGGCUGGUGAGAAUAUGUACUUCAUAAAGGGCAACAUGGAGAGCCUUUCAAUUGGCGCUGGCGACGGUCGCUUUGGUCUCUGGCUGGAUGGUGAUCUAAAUCAGGGCCGAUCUCAGAGCUGCAGCACAUAUGGCAAUGAACCAUUGGCGCCACAAGAAGACUUUGUUAUCAAAACACUCGAAUGCUGGGCAUUUGUUUAAACAAUUGUAAAACAAGAAUUUCUGUUGAAAACAAAAACAAAAAAAAGAGAGAAAAACAUAUUUAAACGAGGAGAGGAGCAUAUACCGCGCGCUCCAGCCUCCUUAACUCCCCCCUUCCCACACACACACACCUACACAUACAAUUCCCCCCUAUCUAUUUAAUUAAUUAAUUAUUAAUUAUAUGUACUACACAAAAACCAACCUGAGAAUGAUAUCAAAAGGCGAAACCUAUGUGAGCUGACACGCAAUAAGAAGAAACAAUUGAAAUACUGCAAUUUGCUUGUAAAAACAAAAGAAUGUAGCAAGAAGAAGAACACGAAGAAGAGGGAAAACAGCUAAGCGUUUCAACGUAUUAAUUAUUUAGUUUUUAUAUUAUAUAUAUAUAUAUGUAUUGUUAAAAUGAUAACAGAAAACUAAAACAAAAGCAACGGCAACGGCAACUGGCGAACAUCAGCAAAAUGCAAAAGAAAAGCGAAACAGCAACUAAAUUAUGUGUUAGAUUUAAAUAAUAAUCAUGAGAGAAAACCAAACAAAACAAAAACACAAUUGAGCAGCACUUACGCGUGCCACGCCCCCGCACAUACGCCUACAUGUGGAAUGUAUCAUCUUCUCAGCAUCAUCGCCAUCAUUAAAAACAAACUCAUGCAACAUUUUUAGUUAAGAUCGAAAAAAGCAGUAAAAAGAAAAAAGAUAAUGCAAAAUGCAAAAUUAUGGAACUUUUUCGUUCACUUCACGUUCCCCCCUCCCCAAACUCCCCAUUUUGAGUGAAUUUAAACAAUUUAGAAAAGAAAAAACAAAAAGAACACAUAAAAAAACACGUGGAAAAGUAAUAAAGAAAAGAAUUACGAAUUGUCGAUAUAAUUUUUAGUGCAAAGAUAAUGAAAGAGAAAACAGUUGAUUACCGUUCGAUCAUCAGUCCUUGUUCAUUUUGCAAAUGAAAGUAAAAAUAUUUUUUAAUGAUUU